AUGGCUGAGAAGCCUCCAGAACCACAAAUGAAUCCUGAACAACAAAUGAAUCCUCAUGAUCAUCCUGAGGAACUCAUUGAACCCAAUAAGGAACAUGUUGAACCCAAGAAGGAACACGUUGAACCCGAAAAGGAGCAUGUUGAGCCCAACAAGGAACAUGUUGAACCCCAUAAGGAGCAUGUUAAACCCAACAAGGAGCAUGUUGAACCCCAUAAGGAGUAUGAUGAACCCCAUAAGGAGCAUGUUGAACCCGAUAAGGAACCUCCAAAGAAACAUAUAAAACCCAAUAAUGAACACGUUGAACCUAAUGAAGAACAUGUUGAACACAAUAACGAACACGUUGGACACAAUAAAGAACAUAUUAAACCUAAUAAGGAACAUGUUGAACACAAUAAGGAACACGAUGAACCCAAGAAGAAAUGUGUUGAACCCAAUAAGGAACAUAUUAAACCUAAUAAGGAACAUGUUGAACACAAUAAGGAACGCGAUGAACCCAAGAAGAAAUGUGUUGAACCCAAUAAGGAACAUAUUAAACCUAAUAAGGAACAUGUUGAACACAAUAAGGAACGCGAUGAACCCAAGAAGAAAUGUGUUGAACCCAAUAAGGAACAUAUUAAACCUAAUAAGGAACAUGUUGAACACAAUAAGGAACACGAUGAACCCAAGAAGAAAUUGAAACAUGUUGAACACAAUAAGGAACAUGUUGAACACAAUAAGGAACAUCUAGAACCCAGUAAGAAACAUGUUGAAGCCAACAAGGAGCUUGUUGAACACAGUAAGAAACAUGCUGAACACAUUAAGAAACAUGGUGAACACAAUAAGGAACAUGUUGAAUGCAAGAAACAUGUUGAAUCGAAUAAGGAAACAUGUUGA